AUGUACCCCAGUAGACUAGGAGGGCGUGACACGCGAAGAUUUUCGAGAUAUUCUGAAACAAAGUUUACUAUUGUGAAAAUCAAGGAAUUUUUGUUUAUAAAUUUUAAAGUUAUAGAUUUACCUACGAAAAUGUCUGAAAGCAAACAACUUCAAGCCGGUCAGCAACUCGUCAAAAAGACUAUGGAUGAACUGAUUGAACAGAGGAAGACGACAGAAAAAGUUUCUAUUGAAGCUAGACAGGAAUUUCGUGAACAUUUUCAAUCUAGUUAUGAGGAAGAAUUUGAAGAGGAAACCUUCAUUGAUGAACAUGGAAACGAGACAACAAAAAGAGUGGAAUCUAGCAGUGAAAGCAGCGAACAUUCGAAAAGCGGGUCAGCUGACGCUCGACUCAAAGGCUGCAAACUGAAUGUGUCUGCCUUAUUCCGCGUGUGUGGUGGUCUCAAAGAGUGA